AUCCAACACGCCCAACACAAGACCUGAGACAAGGUGUUGUUGUCAUCUCUAAGCAAAUACGCAUGCGCGCUGAUCUUGCAAUAAUUGGCACUGAGUAUUUGCCGCCAAAUGUACUCGUUAUCGAUAUCGGCUGUCUGGCAAUCGAUAGACUUAUUGUGUGAAUUUUUUGCGGUAUCCAAGACAGCGGUGUUGUGCUUAACCAAGAUAUCAAUUAACAAGUGCAAAUUGAAUGAGUGCAGUGCUUAAACUAAUCAAAGAACGACUUAAGGAAUUCAACAACAUAUUGGCAGCCAUAGUAGCUGUCAAUAUUAGUGCAAAACGAUCAAAAGGCAACCAAGCUAUACAAAUGCAGCGCAAAAUAUCGCAACGCAGACGAUGGAUGAUGCCCGAGCUCAGCAUAACAACAAUAAGGGCUGUGCACAAAUAGCAAUUAAUCAAAUUAAAACCAGUGAAAAAUAACAACAACAAUAACAACGAACAAACAGUUAUUUGAGUUAAAUGUACUCUUAAACGGUUAACAAAAAAAAAAACGCGAAAAAAAGAACUAAAAGAAUUGUUUAGCUUGUGGCCAAUCCGUUACACAUAUCCAUUUACAACAACAAAUACAGUAUCUGCCGCCAUGUUCAAUUUCCAUAAGCCACGCGUCUAUCGCUCAGCGGACGGCUGCUGCAUUUGCCGCGCCAAAUCGAGCAGCUCCCGUUUCACAGCCUCGCGCAAAUACGAAAAGGAAUCGAUGCAGUGCUUCAAUCUGCACGAGCCGCGCAACGGUGAAAUCUGCAAUGCCUGCGUCCUGCUGGUCAAGCGCUACAAGCGACUGCCCGUCGGCAGCAAGCGCCAUUGGGGACAUGUGGUUGAUGCACGCGCCGGUCCCGGCACCAAAUCGCUGGCCAAGCAGAAGAAGCGCGAGAACGAGUGUGAGGGCAAGACGGGUGGGGGCGGCUCUUUUAUACCCGAGAAGUUUGCCAAGAUUUUCAAAAAGAACCGCAAGGGCAAAAUAACGGCUGCCGCAGCGCCAUCUGCAGCCGGUCAGCAGCAAUUGCCGCAGCGCAACGGCAGCAGCCACGAAAGCUCACCACACUCGGAGGAGCAGCCGAGCGAUUCCAAUGAAAGUCACGACGAACAGGAGCAGCAGCUGCAACAACAACAACAGCAGCAGCAACAACAACAACAUCAGCUGAGCGCAUGCGUUGCCGCAACACCGUAUCAGACGCGCAAACGGACCGCUGCAGCAGCGCAGCUGGCCACGGCGACAGUGCUGAAAAAGAGUGUUGCACAACGUCUGCGUUUGACUGGCAGCAAGCGCAGGCGCAUGCUGGAGCCCAAAAAGCAUCGACGCGCCGUCGACAAUGUGCCCUUCUUUGAGGAGCACGAUCUGCUGCGUCUGGACGUUUGCUGCGGCACCGUGUUCCAGAGUCUUAGCCUGGGCAGCGCCUGUUAUAUAAUCAAUCCGGAGCUGUACAAGCCAUGCGAGAAGCAUCGCAGACGCAGGCAACAACAGCUGUUGCAGUCGCAGCCGCCGAGGGAACUGGUCCAGCAGCCGUUGCUGGCCGCGGAGCUAGAGCCAAAGCCUGUUAGUCAGAGCAUCAGCACGCCGGCGUUAAAAAAGCAUCAUUUGUAUUUUAAGCGACAAUCGGAAUCAUUUCCACAGGGCGAAAUACAUAGAAUAAGUCCAAUUCCAUUGAAUAAGACUGAGGUCAUGCCGAACCCAACGCCAGCCACAGCAGCAGCAACAACAACAACAACAAUGAUCAGUGUACAACAACAGCAACAACAUUCCACAGCCAAUGGCAGCUUAGCGCUCGCACUUAAACCAACACUGGCAACGGCAACGACAGCGGCAUCUGUGACGUCAUCAGCCUUGCAUGCAAGCAUCUUAACAACCGCUGUGGGCGCCGCAUCGCCCUCAUCGUUAUCUUCAUCCUCCAAUUGCUCCACCUCUUCGUCGGUGGCCACCAAAUUCAAUGACAAUUCCUCGGACUCCGGCUUCGAUGAGCAUGUGCUGGAGCGCAAAUCCGUUAGUCCGCCAACGCAGGACGAACUGCAGCUGGAGAAGAAGGCACGCGGCGGCAGCGUGCAACGUUUAAUCCUGGCCAGCGGUCUGCCCAUCAGCGGCCAGGCCCAGAAUCUGGUGCUGACGGGCAACGAGUUUACUGCGCGCUUCGUCCAGCGGCAGCAGGCACCAACCCAAGCGCCGCUCAAAAUCAAUGUGCUGGCAGGCGGAGCAGCAGCAGCUGCAGUUGGAGGAGGAGGAGGAGGAGGAGCAACAACAGCAACUGGAUCUCAAAGUAGUGGCAAUAAAAUGCGUGCAAUAUUUAAUAAUGCGAACACAAUUCAACACGAGAACGGGGUGACUACCAUAUUGCCGGCAUCCUCGCUGGCGGCCAGCAAUCAGACGGCGGCCAUGAAUGCCAUAGCGCCCAGCACGGUGACCAUAACGCCAGCCAAAAAAGCAACAAUCAAUGCAACAGCAGCAACAUCACCUGUCAAUCCCAAGUUUAUACUCCUAAAGCCAGCAAUUGCCAGCAAAUUUGCCAGCAACAACAACAGCAGCAACAACAACAACGGCGUCAAUCCGGCGCCAGCUGAGCUGAAAAUAGCUUAAAAGUGGAAGAAGAAAGAGGCGGCUAGCAUCAUCGGCACGCCGAAGUUUAAAUACCCUUGCAGCAGUGUUUAAGCUUUGUUUGUUCACAUGUUCAAGUAGUCCGAUUCUGAUUUCAUGCAAGAAUGUUGUAAAAGCACACAAAUUUCAAUCGAUUGUUCCUAUGGCAGCUAUAUGCUAUAGUGCCUCGAUUCUGUUCUUGUCUAAUUUCAACAAGAACUCGCUUUUAAAUACUCUAUAAGCAUAUUUAACUGUAACCUCUGCAAGGGCUAUAAAAGGCUGCUUUUAUGUUAAGAGAAACAAAACCAAUUACAUAGCCAUGUUAACUGGCUGUUAAAAACUUGUUGAUUUACAUGCAUAUUGUAGCGAGUAUUUACUGUAAGUGACAAAACUGAAAAAAACAAAAACAAACAAAAAAAAGAGACGCAACAAAUUGUGUCCAAAAUUUGUAUAUAUUAUAUAGAGAGAUCUAUGGAUAUAUAGCUCUAAGUACAACAACAACAACAAUUCGUUUCAUACAUUUCACAACAUUUUACAUACAUAUAUAUGUAUAUGAUUUUUUUGAUUAUGAUUAGAUUGAUAGCUUGUAUUUUUUUGUAAACAAUUAUUUUGUAAGCGCCCCCAUACUCAGCAGCAAUUUCUUAAACUUAAAAAAUUUAAUUAUAUUUAAAUUAAACUUUACCUUAACAUUUACAUUAGCAUUAACAUUUACAUAGCAUUUACAUUUAGUUUAUGUACAUUCACGCAUGCACGCACACAUACACUUUUAUAGUUUUACAUGCACUUUGCUGCGCUCUCUCUCUCUCUCUCUCUCUCUCUCCCCCCCCCCUCUCUCUUUCUCUCUCUCGCUCUUGCUUUUAGUUUAACAGUGACCGCUAGCUCGCGCAGCUUAACUUAACAGCGCGCUGUUAAAUGAGCCGUCGCUAUGUUAAGCCCGUCUAUGUUCGUAGUUUCUUUCUUUUUUGUUUUUUUUUUUUUAAAUUUUUUUUUAAAG